GGGACACGGCGACUGCCAUGGCCAAAGUUGUCAUCAAUGAACCAGUCCAUAGGGUGGCGCCAGAGCCCGUCUCGUCAGGCAUCUCGUUCCGAAAGCUGCCGAGGGCGAGCCUGAUUGAGCUUGGGCGAGUGUGUGAUCACUACGAGGCCAAGGGCGCAGGGACGUAUGGGCGCGGAUCCAAGGCAACGCGGUAUGUGUACGACAUGGCCAAGGAGGUACGGCAGAUCAUCCGCGGGCUGGAGGAGGAGGAGCGCGCUGCCUCGCUCCACACCCAGCACCUGGAGCGCAUCGUGGGUGAGUGGCAUGAUGUCUUUGGCCGCCUCGGCUCGCCCGAGCUGGCUGAGCACUUUCCGGCAGGCACCAAGUUGACGCCGGCGUCGCUCUACGCCAAGCUGCGAGAGUAUGCCGAGCGUAUCCGUAGCCUCGAGUCGACGCUUCAGCGGCUGUCGGCAGCUACGGGCGACCGUGACGCCAAGUAUGAGGUCGCGCUGGCCGAGGCCGAAGCGCUGGCGGCUGCCCGCCUCGACGCGGCGCUAGCCGAGCAGGCGCGCGAGGCCAAGGCCGCAGCAGACAAGGCGGCGCGCGAUGCGGAUGCCCGAAUUGCCGCUGCCGAGGCCCGUUAUGUCGAGGCCUGCCGCGAUGUGUUUGAGUACAAGUCUGCUGAGGGCAACGCCCGGGUUCGCGAGCUCGCCACGCAGCUCGAGCGCGAGCGCGCAGCCAACAUUGAGCUUGGCAAGGAGAACGAGUUGCUGCUGCACACGCUCCAAGGCCAGCUCGAGGUUCAGUACGCAGCGUCCGAGGCGCGGUGGCAGAAUCUGCUGGCCACCUCCGAGGCGGCGCACGCGUCGGAGCUCGAGGCACAGGCACAGUACUACGAGAGCAUCAUUGACGCGCUUGAAGCCGGCCUUCCGGCAACGGCGUCGGCGGCCGACAAGCGGCUCGGCCAGCUGCUGACCCAGCUGACGCGGGCGCGCGAGGACCGCGCCAUGCGCGCUGCCGGCGGCGGCUCUGCAGCCGCACAGAUGCCGCUGCCGCGGCUGCGGCCCGACAAUCCGGAGCAGUGGGAGGACAACACCGUGUCGUGGCGGUCGAUGUACGAGGCCAAGCGCAAGGAACUGGCCUUUCAGCUGGCUGCCAACGCAGCGCUGGUCAAGGAGCUUGCUCACCUCCAGACGCGUGGCGAGACGCCGGCCGCCGCUGCCGCCCUCGGCCCGAAGCUGGAGGACGCCCGCCAGAACGAGGCCAUGCUCCAGGCCCGGAUUGAGCAGCUGAUGGAUAUGAUCCAGGCCAUGGAGCACGAACGCAACAACGCCGAGCUCAUGGCUGCGCGCACCGCCGUCUCGGACCUGCGCGUGCCGUGGGCGCUUCCCUACGUCUCCUCGCUCCGCAAGCAGCGCCGCAACGAGCCAUACGCACCCGCCUUUGUCGGCACCGGCAUCGCCGAAGCUGCUGCACAAGCCGAGGCCCACAACCAUGAUCAGGCCCUUGACCAGCUCCGUGUCGUCCACCACUAG